AUGGUUCGGAUGCUUGACAUCCUAGCCGACUACAUGGAUGUACGUGGCUACGCCUAUCAACGGUUAGAUGGCACAAUCGCUGCUGGUCCCCGACGCCUUUCUAUCGAACACUUCAAUGCUCCGGAUAGCAAUGAUUUUGCUUUCCUCCUCUCCACUCGUGCGGGAGGCUUGGGAAUUAACCUCAUGACCGCCGAUACAGUUGUCCUCUUUGAUUCAGAUUGGAACCCUCAAGCUGAUCUGCAAGCAAUGGCACGCGCUCAUAGAAUAGGACAGACUAAGCCCGUCAGCGUGUAUCGUCUUGUGUCCAAGGACACUGUUGAAGAAGAGGUCCUCGAAAGAGCGCGAAAUAAGCUACUGCUUGAAUUCAUUACUAUACAGCGAGGAGUUACUGAUAAAGAAGCGAUUGAACUCAAAGACAAAAUGGCCCGUGCUGGUGCCCAAAUCAGCGAACCCACCUCUUCUGACGACAUAUCUCGCAUUCUCAAGCGUCGCGGUCAGCGUAUGUUUGAGCAAUCUGGGAACCAAAAGAAACUGGAGGAGCUGGAUAUCGACUCUGUGCUGGAGAACGCUGAAGAGCACAAAACAGAACAAGCUGAAGGCAUGGAGGCUGAUGGUGGAGAAGAGUUCCUAAAAGCCUUUGAGUUUGUUGAUGUGAAAGUGGAUGAGCUUACCUGGGACCAGAUCAUUCCAAAGGAGGAGCUUGAGCAGAUUAAAGCAGAGGAAGAACGCCGGGCCCAUGAGCAGUUCCUGGCACAAGAGAUCGAGCGAAAUCAGCCGCGUAAACGGAAAGAACCAUUGGAUGGACGACAGGAGCGCCAGGCGAAGCGACGUGCACGAGAGCAAGUUAACAUUGACGCUGACGAUGUGUCUGAUGCACCGCCUCCUCCAGACCCCAGUCGACCACUCAGCGAAAAGGAGUAUAGACAUCUUAUCCGUGCAUAUCUUCGAUAUGGUGACAUUCAUGACCGGCAAGACGAUUUAAUUCGCGAAGCUAGGCUUAUUGGCCGGGAUAUAGCUGUGGUGAAAGCUGCUUUGAGUGAUGUGAUCGAGAAAGCACAUGCUCUUCUCAAGGAGGAGAAUAACCGACUCAAUGCCCUUGAGCGCGAAGGGAAGGGUUUCACCAAGAAAGAGAGGAAGGCGAUUCUUUUCGACCAUCAAGGUGUGAAACGGCUUAAUGCAGAGACGAUUGUGGAAAGACCUAAUGAAAUGCGUAUCCUGAGAGAUGCAACUGCUGAUCUUGCUGAUCCUAAAAGCUUUCGUAUCCCAGAAGCUACGAAAGGUGCUGAUUAUACAUGCCCAUGGGGUGCUCGCGAAGAUGGCAUGCUUUGCAUUGGCAUCGCUCGCCACGGCUACGGUGCCUGGGCUCAGAUUCGCGAUGACCCCGAUCUUGCCCUUGCCGACAAGUUUUUUCUCGAGGAACAUCGGGUUGACCGGAAAGCGGAACGCAUGAACGGUGGUGUGAAAGGUGCAACUAAGUCUCCCGGAGCUGUCCAUCUGGUCCGCCGUGCAGACUAUCUCUUGUCAGUCUUGAAGGACAAAAUGACCAAUGGUUCGAACAUGAUAGCGAAGAGAGCCGUAGAGAACCAUCACCGCAAUAUCAAGAAGAACGGGUUGCAUUCCAAGGGUCAUGCGAGUGGGAGUGUCUCGGCGUCCCCGGCACCCUCCCUACCCCGCAAGCCACGAGACUCGGACAAAUCACGAUCUCGUGCUCACCACAGAUCUCGAGAGAGUGCUGAUUUUACCAACAACUCCGCUGCUGACGGUUACAGGUCUGACCGUCCUCGCAUGAAGGGAAGUCGGGAUGAGAGAGAUCGUUACCGCCAUAGCAACGACCAUGGUGGAAGCGGCUUUAGUAGCAAUGACGGCGUGCUCAGGGUUAUAUUCAAGCCUAUCCGGGAGCAUCUCAAGCGGGUAUCGCAGGUCACCAAGGAGAACAUCCCAAGCAAGACUGAUCGAGCAGGGGAGCUGCGCCGGUUACUGCGUCUCAUUGGAGAGUUUAUUCGUGACACUUUGGAAGGUAGAGAGGCACCAGCCUCGUUGGAGGAGCGGUUGUGGGGAUACGCUGCGACCUAUUGGCCCAACAAGGGUACUCCAGCAACAGCUCUCCUUAACAUGUUCGAUCGUCUUGUCGCUGCUGAAAACGGUGAAUCGGCCCAACAACGUCAAUAA